GCGCAUGAACCAUCACGCUGAGAUCCUUUUCGGCAAGGACCACCUCUAUGAACCGAACUUUGUUGCCCCCAUGCAGCCACCUGCCGAAGCUGAAGAGGAGGAGCUACUUGGCGUAGAGUACGCUUACUCGCAAUCAUCUAAGUCGGCCUUUUCAUCAAAGGAGUACUACAUAGAUAAAGCUAAAGAGGAGCAUGCGGCUGAAGAGGAUGAUAACGAUGGCAACAAUGAUGAGGAGGACGAAGGGAUUGAAGAUGCUGCAACCGAUGAUGCGGAUGAUUCUACCGUCUCUAGCUCCAUGGAUGCGUGUUGA